AUGGAAAAUAAUACAGCAGUUCUAGGUGCCGGCUUUUCCUGGGGUUUCAAGUCUGAUAACGUUAUGAAGUGUCAAGAACAAGAGGAACAACAAGCAAGAGAAAACGAGAAAAGCUUAAACAGUAUGGUUGCUAACUUAGUUCAAGCUCAAGGAAUGGACCCAAAAGGACGUAAGCGUCGGUUAGACGAACCAACAAAUCCACAGCCGCAGAUGAUGGUUCCACCCCGUAAAUAUAACGUCUCCAAGAGGAGACCUCACCAUUCAACCAUUAGUGGACAACCGUUACCGUUACACAGAGGAUUAGAGUUAAUGAGUAAGGACCAGCUACAGUACAUUCUGAUAGAGGUAAUGAAGAAUUAUCCGAUUUCUCAACAGUUAGUGCAGAACAAAUUAGUUGAUUUUAAUUUUAGCAUUGAAAAAUGUGAAAUUUUACUAAAGGAAAAACUACAACAGUUACAUGAAAGCAUACCAUAUAGCAGAUCCCACGAUUACCAACGUCUAAGUGACUAUGCAUUUGUCCGGAUGAAACCUCAUAUUUUAGAAUUUUUGAACUGUCUGGUCGAUUGUGUGCUGGACAGGAUUCCACCAAGAGUUGAUAAUUUGCAUGAAUCAUUAAAAAUUUUAGAUAUGACCACAGAUAUGGUUACAAAAUUGCCAAGAUUUCAGCUAGCAAGUAAUAACUACUAUUACGAUAAAUGUUUGGAACAAUUAGCAUGUCUUUGGUGUACAGUUAUUGAACACAUUGCAAGGGAUGUUAUCAUGACUGUUAACGAUGCACCACUGCUAAGAAAUUGGAUACAAAAAUUAGAAUUAUACAAUGAGUUGUGCCAUGGAAUUUUAACUAAGCCUUUGAAUCAGUUUAAAUCAUUGGCCGUGGUCGAUGCGGGCGUCACAGAUUCAAAUAGCACUAAGGGAACUAACGCCACAAGGAAUCGUUGGUCAGGUAGUACCGACAAUUAUACUGUAGGCGAUAAUCAGUAA